UUUGCAUUGCUCAGUGUUACGGUAAAUGUCCCUACACAAGCCACGAAGAAAGUAUCACAAAAGCGCUGCCUUGAUGAAACGUCUGAUUCAGUAGCAUAGGGCAAAAAUCAAGUUUGUAGCGGUGGAAUGAACCCGGUGUCUUUUUACCGCUUAGAUUACUUGUUUCCCUUGCGUUAUCUGGCAACCCUGACCAAACUGCGACAGCGCCAAUGGCAGCAAAACAUAACUUACAGGCGAGGAGGAUGACAGCAACAAGGAUUUAAUAGUUUCAUUUUGCCUGCCCACAUAAGGGAGAACGUGUUACUUUUGCUCUACACAAAGAGCCUGUAGCGCUGAAGUCCAGCAUUCAGUAUGAUUCCCUGGUUGCGGUGGAGGUGAGGAAACAUGGCGUGGAAAUCUGAGGUGUCAAGACGAACGUGAUGACAGUAUGGUCGAUGGUGGAGAAGCUCAAAAUGGAAAAACGCCCAUGCAGGGAGGAGAACAUUGACUCAAGCAAGGCCCAGCAUGCCAGUGAUGAUUCUGAGGAUGGAAGCAGCUCGGAAAGCGAAUCAGAAGAGCAGCAACACCAGAGGGUUCAGGUGAACAGCAGCAGGUGUAAGAAGAGGGAGCCCUUGGCUGUCGCAAAACCCCACCGACAGCUCUGUCGUUCUCCAUGCCUUGACCGGCCCAGUUUUUCCCAGAGUAGCACUGCGCAAGAUUGUCGAGAGGAUGACACCAGCACGGGACCAGGGAUCAAGCCUGCCAGUGGCAGAGAGUAUCAGACUAAGGUGGAAUUUGCGUUAAAGUUAGGCUAUUCGGGAGAGCAGGUGGAGGCAGUGCUCAACAAGCUGGGAUCGGCUGCGCUUAUUAACGACCUUCUUGCCGAGUUAGUAAGGCUUGGAAACAAAGUAGAGCCUGAAGUUCAACCCUGCAUCAGCACGGCCACAUCAAUAUCUCGGCCCCCCUGUGUUAAGGAGACGGUUAGUCCAGAGGUGUCAGUGGAAGACGACUCUGUGGAUACCUUUGAUAACCUCAGGCCCAUCGUCAUUGAUGGCUCAAAUGUGGCAAUGAGCCAUGGAAACAAAGAGGUAUUCUCUUGUCGUGGUAUCCAACUUGCUGUUGAAUGGUUCUUGGAGAAAGGACACAAAGACAUCACUGUGUUUGUCCCAGCCUGGAGAAAGGAACAGUCGAGGCCCGAUGCCCUCAUCACAGAUCAAGAAAUAUUACGCAAACUGGAAAAAGAGAAGAUCCUGGUUUUCACCCCAUCUCGGAGGGUUCAAGGCAGGAGAGUGGUGUGCUAUGAUGAUCGCUUCAUAGUGAAGCUGUCUUAUGAUUCUGAUGGAAUUAUUGUGUCAAAUGACAACUACAGGGACUUGCAAAAUGAGAAGCCGGAGUGGAAGAAGUUCAUAGAAGAGCGUCUCCUAAUGUACUCAUUUGUCAAUGACAAGUUUAUGCCACCUGAUGAUCCACUGGGAAGACACGGUCCAAGUUUAGAAAAUUUCCUACGCAAGCGUCCUGUUGUUCCAGAGCACAAAAAACAACCAUGCCCCUAUGGGAAAAAGUGCACAUAUGGACAUAAGUGCAAGUACUAUCAUCCAGAGCGUGUCAACCAGCCGCAGCGGUCGGUGGCUGAUGAACUACGGGCUUUUGCCAAAUUGUCUGCGGUGAAGACAAUGAGUGAGGGGGCUUUAGCUAAAUAUGGUACUGGUCCAGCUGCUGUAAAGGGGGACAGCAACACUGAGGUCAAAUAUGUGGCACCAAAACGUCAAUCUGACCCCAGUAUUCGCUCAGUGGCCUGUGAACCUCCCGAGGCACUGUCCGUUGCUAGGAAGUCUGAGACAAAUUCAGUGCCUUCCCUUGUGUCUGCUCUCAGCGUGCCCACCAUGCAGCCUGUCAAGAACCACGCAGCUGGGGCCUUGAACACACGAUCAGCCAGCAGCCCAGUGCCAGGUUCCAUGCAGUUCGCACACAGUUCCCUGGAGCACAUGUCUAGUGUACAGUACCCUCCAAUUUUAGUUACUAAUAGUCAUGGCGCCUCUAUUACAUACGGUGAUCAGUUCCCAAAGUAUGACUCUGUUAGCGACCAUGGUUAUUAUUCACUGCACAGUGAUUUUUCAAACAUGAGCAUGAGCAGCAUGCAUAAUGUCGACAGUUUCUGUAGCAUGGAGCACGAGCAUGGUGUGUAUCAGAGAAAUCCCAGCCACUGCCCUGAAUCCUGUCUCAGCCAUUCAAACAGUGACUCCUUCUCCUCUUAUGGGGACCUGUACCCGAGCUCCAUGGACAGUAGCUUAGAGGAGAGCAUGAAGGGGCAGCAGUCUCCUGCACAAGGUAGGAUGCAAGCUUUCUCCCAUGGGUUUCGUCAUGAAGCGCUGACCAGAGUACAGAGUUAUGGACCUGAGGAACCCAAGCAAGUCCCCCGUAAGCAGUCUGGAUCUCAUCUGGCACCACGUAUCCAGCAUGUGGCAGUGGGAGCCAGGUCCAGCUGUCCUGGAGACUAUCCCCUCACUCAGAAUGUCCUCCCACCUUUGUCCUCACAGCCCACACGGUCUCUUGGUAUGACUCGUAUGGACAGCAUAUCAGAUUCAAGGCUAUAUGAUAGCAACCCCAUGAGACAGAGGCGACCUCCACUGUGCCGUGAGCAGCAUGCAAGCUGGGACCCUCUGCCAUGUGGUAAUGAGUCCUAUGGCUAUCAUUCAUAUCCUUUGAGUAACAGCCUGAUGCCGUGUUGCGAGCGGGUGAUGGUCCGCAGCAUGCCAGACAAAAUGGAACAAAUCUGGAACUCACCAUGGGAGAUGCCAUCUGCAGCUGAACACCAAGAGCGGUAUGUCAUCCCAGACCACCAGUAUCAAACAUAUCGGAACCUUUGUAACAUCUUUCCUGCUUACGUAGUCCACUCAGUAAUGGAGAAGAAUCCUCAUUUAACAGAUCCACAACAACUUGCCGCCGUCAUUGUUACAAAACUGAGGUCAUGCCAUUAGGCAGUUAAUCUUAUAAAAUAUUUCAAAAGUGAUAUGAUAAGGGAUGCAAGGAUAGAUUGCAAAGAUAAGCACAUGUUUAGUGUUUCUGCAUGUGCAGCAUCUGCCCUCAGGAGUUUUUUUUUUUUUUUUUUAUGUUUCGGGCGGGAUAUCAGAUUUUACAUCGCUGAAAUGACAUAGAAGGAAUCAGCAUAGAGGAGGUUUAUCUCGAAUUGUAAGAUGUUUCACAUGUGAAAGCUACGUUUUUAUAUAAAGUGUGGUGCAGUUGUUAUAAAGUAUCACCUUGUUUAGAAUUCUUAUUCAUAACACAUUCAUACUACCUGAGCAGGAGCUGGAUAGCAGCUUUGUACCAUAUCCGUUAUCAACUGAACUUUUGUUCAUCAUCAGUCAUUCUGCAAAAUAAAAAUAGAACCUUUGGCAGGACUGUUCAAUCUCCCCUAGAUCAAAAAAGUGUUACUGUUGAUUUGAUUUAUGUUACAUGAAAAUUAUGCAUCUAUCCCUAAAGUGUUAAAUAAAUAAAUAAUUGUGAAAUAAUUAAUCAAAGGAAUAAAUUGUGUAAAAUAUAUAAAGAAACAACAAUCUUUGAAGUAAUUUAGGAAAUUAAAACUUUCAAUUUUUUGCUUAAGAGUACAUAUUUUUUCAUAAUAUACAUUUGGUUUACAUUUUUU